AUGCCCCGCGGCGCGCUCACGCUGCGGACGGCCUACACUUCCCAGCAUGCCCCGGUGCCGCCUACGUUUCCCGGCGUCCCGCGCGCGGCUCCGCCGUCAGUGACGUCAGGGCGGGUUGCUGGUGUCCCACUCUCGGUACCGCCUGGCCCAGUGGUGUCCCGGUACCAGCACUGCCCGACCUGGCAGGUGCUGCUGUUACCGCCUGUCUGGGUGGUCUCACAGACCCGGUACUGGUCCUGGUACUUCCCAGUGAUGACCCAGUCCUGGUACUGCCCAGGCUGGUCGUUCUUCGCGGCCGCCCGCUCGCCGGAGCCCGGCCCCGUGCCGCCGCCUGCGUUGGAGCAAGGUGAGGACCCCGCGGAGGAGCCCCCGGGACGCGGGGACCGUGAUGGACAGGACGCCGCCUCCCCGUGUCCCCGCGUGCCGGGUGCUGCGUCCCCAGGUGGCAGCUCCGCUGGCAGCACCUCCUCGGCUGAAGAGAGUCCCGAUGGCUCCUCCGUCCCCCGUGUCCCCCGGCGCAGGACAGCUCAGAAGCAGGUCACCAAGCGCAAAGGGGAGCUGGCGAACGCGAAUGGGAACGUCCCGGAGCCUGAUCCCAAGCGGCUGAGGGAAGAGCCAGGAGACCAAUGUGAAUCGGAUAGCACGGAGGAGGAGAAGGAUCCGAGCUCGGAGGAGGCUAAGGAGGGAAAAGACAGCAGCGGGGACAGGGAUGUGCAGACAUCGGAGAUGCCGAAGCCCAGCAAAGCUGUUGCUGACUUCUUUGCCCCCAGGAAGGGAUCAAGGACAAAGACGGAGGCCAAGGCAGCCCUGAAGGCAGCAGCCCCCAAGAAUUCAGCUCCUGUUGGCACCGAAGGCACCAACGGGGCCGCAAGCAGCCCCUCGCAGGCCACCGAGCCGCUGGAUCCGGCCCAGUACAACCCCUCCAAGAGCAGCUAUCACCCCGUGCACGACGCCUGCUGGGCUCCCGGGCAGAGGGUCCCCUACCUGGCCGUGGCUCGGACCUUCGAGCGCAUCGAGGAGGUCUCUGCCCGCCUGAAGAACAUCGAGACCCUGAGCAACUUCCUGCGCUCCGUCAUCGCCCUGUCCCCGUCGGACCUCCUGGCCUGCGUCUACCUCUGCCUGAACCGCCUGGGCCCUGCCUACGAGGGGCUGGAGCUGGGCAUCGGGGAGAGCAUCCUCAUGAAGGCCGUCGCGCAGGCCACGGGCCGCCAGCUGGAGAAGAUCAAGAGCGAGGCCCAGGAGAAGGGGGACCUGGGGUCGCUGCAGGGGAAGCUGCGCAUCGGCCUGGCGGAGCAGUCGGUGCUGGUGGCGCUGGCCCACGCCGCCUCGCUGACCCCCCCAGGGCAAGGCUCCUCGGAGCCUCGUGGGGCUCCCCAGGUCUCGGGCUCGCUCACGGCCGGGCUGCUUUUCCCUUCCAGCGAGUUGCCCAACUACGGCACCAUCAUUCCCGUGCUGCUGGAGCACGGGCUGGAGAGCCUGCCCCUGCAUUGCAAGAUCACCCCAGGGAUCCCGCUGAAGCCCAUGCUGGCUCAGCCCACCAAAGGCGUCGGGGAGCUCCUGAAGCGCUUCGAGGAGGCCGCCUUCACCUGCGAGUACAAGUACGACGGCGAGCGAGCUCAGAUCCACAUCCUGGAGGACGGCGCCGUGUACGUCUACAGCCGCAACCAGGAGAACAACACCUCCAAGUACCCCGACAUCGUCACCCGCAUCCCCAAGGUCCAGAAGGCCAGUGUGCGCUCGUGCAUCCUGGACGCAGAGGCUGUCGCCUGGGACCCGGAGAAGAAGCAAAUCCAGCCCUUCCAGGUGCUGAUGACACGGAAGAGGAAGGACGUGGAGGCUGCCGAGAUCAAAGUGCAAGUGUGCCUGUAUGCCUUUGACAUGCUGUACCUCAACGGCGAGUCGCUGGUGAAGGAGCCCUUCUCCAAGCGCCGGCGGCUGCUGCGCGAGUCCUUCGUGGAGACGGAGGGCGAGUUCCUCUUCGCCACCUCCAUGGACGCCUGCAGCACUGAGGAAAUCUCCGAAUUCCUGGACCAGUCCAUCAAGGACUCCUGCGAGGGCCUCAUGGUGAAGACGCUGGACGUGGACGCUACCUAUGAAAUUGCGAAGCGGUCGCACAAGUGGCUGAAGCUGAAGAAGGAUUACCUGGAAGGGGUGGGCGACACGCUCGACUUGGUGGUCAUCGGCGCCUACCUGGGCAAGGGCAAGCGCGUGGGCAUGUACGGGGGCUUCCUGCUGGCCUGCUACGACGAGGAGAGCGAGGAGUACCAGAGCAUCUGCAAGAUCGGGACCGGCUUCACCGAGGAGAGCCUGGAGAAGCACCACAGCUUCCUCAAGGACCACGUCCUGCCCCAGCCGCGGCCCUACUACCGCUGGGACAGCGGGGCGGCCCCCGACCACUGGCUGGCGGCCGUGCAGGUCUGGGAGGUGAAAUGUGGCGACCUCUCCAUCUCCCCCAUCUACAAGGCAGCCGUGGGCCUGGUGGAUGAGGACAAAGGCAUCUCCCUGCGCUUCCCCCGCUUCCUGCGCGUGCGGGAGGACAAGAAGCCCGAAGAGGCCACCAGCAGUUCCCAGGUGGCCGAGCUCUACAAGAAGCAGCAGCAGAUCCAGAACCAGCAGCUUCCCGAGAAAGGGGAGGACGAGGACUUCUACUGA